UGCGAGGUGUGUGGGAAGCGGUUCGACCGACCAUCCCUGUUGAAACGGCACAUGCGGACCCACACGGGAGAGAAGCCGCACGCGUGUGACGUAUGCGGAAAGGCGUUCUCCACAUCCUCCUCCCUCAACACACACAGACGCAUACACAGCGGGGAGAAACCUCACGAGUGCGGAGUCUGCGGCAAGCGCUUCACAGCCUCGUCCAACCUCUACUACCACAAGAUGACCCACAACAAGGAGAAGCCGCACAAGUGCACCCAGUGUUCUAAGUCGUUCCCUACUCCCGGCGACCUGCGCUCUCACAUGUACGUGCAUAGUGGCUCGUGGCCGUUUCGGUGUGACGUCUGCAACCGCGGGUUCAGCAAGCAGACAAACCUUAAGAACCACCUGCUGCUGCACACGGGCGACAAGCCACAUGAGUGUCCAACGUGCCAGAAGAAGUUCGCGCUCUACUGCAACCUCAAGACUCACAUGAAAACGCAUGAAGAUGACACCCAGGGAAGCUGUAUUUCCUGCGGCAGGACGUUUCUAAAGAAGGAAGACUCGAGCUCCGACAUGUGCUCCGACUGCACGCGCUCUCUAUCACCGGAAACCACGCCGCCACCGAAGCGACACCUGAGCGACUUUAGCAUAUCCGCCCUCACGAACAAGGACAGCAAAUCAUCAACCGAUCGGCCUAACCCGAAGGAUUUCUUCGACCCCCGGAUAUACCCCGCCUACAAUCCCGCCAUGAUGAUGGCGCCACCGUCUGCAAGGCUUUUUUCCCACGACCACAUUCCCAUCGGCUACCUCCCGGUGUUCGGUAACUUCGCAUCCGCAGACAGCAACAUGCUCCCUUCCGCCGCCUCGGCCGCCCUGUUCCCGCGGUUCCCCGGUAUGCCCCUGCCCGAGGCUGCGUACCGGAUGUACCAGGCCUCCUUACCAGGACUCAAGUCAGAGUGGAGUCCACAGCUUAUUGCCAAAUAA